CCUUCACAGAGUCAGGAAGCAGAGGACCCUCCCCCUUCUCAUCCCCAUUCCUCCAGCAUUACUAAAGAGAGGCGCCCUUGGCGAAAAUUUUCGCUUUGUCCCCGACUCUCCGUGAGCGAGGAACCGUGAGAGAUACGCGCCUCGCUGUGAACUAUUUACCAACAGUCACUGUGUCGUCGUUAAUAAGAUUAAAAAUUAAACAUCUGAUUUUUUUUCUCUUUCUUUCCUCUCUCCCCACCCCCUCACCCCCCUCCUCCUCCAACCCAAGCCAAGCCAAGCCCCACUGUGGAACAUUCCUGGAGGUUUGUCCUCUCACUUUUACAUUGAACGAGCAGCGUUUAAGUCACCUCAACGAGAGCCCACACUACAGGAGAGGUUUGCAGACAUGGACGAUGUUAGACCGUCGUGGGAGAACCCCAUGCAGUUUGUCUUUGCCUGCAUUUCGUUUGCGGUGGGACUGGGGAACGUCUGGCGUUUCCCUUACUUGUGUCAAAUGCAUGGAGGAGGUGGAUUUUUAAUUCCUUAUGCGAUAAUGUUAAUUGUGGAAGGACUGCCUUUGUUUUACCUGGAACUGACGUUAGGUCAACUGAUGAGGAAGGGAAGCAUUGGAGCUUGGAAAGGUGUCAACCCAUAUUUGGUUGGUGUUGGUGCAGGAAGUCUGGUUAUAUCAUUCCUGGUUUGUGUCUACUACAACGCCAUUGUCUCCUGGAGUCUUUGGUAUCUGUUCCAUUCGUUUGAGAACCCUCUACCUUGGGCUACUUGUCCUAUAGGGAAUAACAAUACUGCAAUUGUGGAAGAAUGUGCAAAAAGUUCUGCUACCGAAUACUUCUGGUACAGGGAGACAUUAAAUAUCUCUCCCACAAUCAAUGACAGUGGAUCAUUGCACUGGGGGAUGAUUCUAUGCCUCAUCCUAUCCUGGCUAAUAGUUUACCUCUGCAUUAUUAAAGGAACCGAAUCCACUGGCAAGGUGGUCUAUGUGACAGCCUGCUUCCCAUAUGUGGUGCUGAUUAUAUUUCUAAUUCGAGGGGUAACACUGCAUGGAGCAGGCAAUGGGCUUGUAUACAUGUUCACUCCAAAGGUUGAGCAGCUGAUGGACCCAAAAUCUUGGAUUGACGCAGCCACACAGAUCUUCUUCUCACUUGGCCUGGGAUUUGGGAGUCUGAUCGCAUUUGCCAGUUACAACCAGAAAAACAACAACUGUGAGAAACAAGCAGUUAUCAUUGCUUUAAUUAACAGUCUGACAUCCGUAUUUGCCAGCGUUGUCACUUUUGCCAUAUAUGGUUUCAAAGCUACAUAUAAUUAUGAAAGCUGUCUCGAAAGGAUGAUGCUACUUCUAACAAACACUUUUGACCUGGAGGAAAACGCAGUAAAAGUAGACACUAUUAAUGAGUGGAUAUCAUUCCUGAAUGUGACACAACCGGACAAAUUUUCAGCAAUUGCUUCACAAAUUGAAACCUGUGACCUGCAGUCUCACUUAGACACGGCUGCGGAAGGCACUGGGCUUUCAUUUAUAGUCUUCACGGAAGCAAUUGUGAACAUGCCAGGGCCAUCACAGAUCUGGUCAAUAUUGUACUUUUUAAUGGUGUUGAUGUUGGGAAUUGGAAGCAUGUUGGGUAAUACAGCCGGAGUCAUCACUCCUCUGAGUGACAUGAAGAUCAUUUCCAAGUAUUUACCAAGGGAGGUCAUGAUAGGGAUUGUGUGCCUUGUCGCCUGUGCUAUUGGAUUAGUUUUUAACGUUGGAUCAGGAAAUUAUUGGUUUUCUAUAUUCAAUGACUAUGCAGCGACCUUGGCCCUUCUGAUAAUAGUUUUGGUUGAAGUCAUUGGGAUCUGUUACGUCUAUGGCAUAAGGAGAUUUCGGAGAGAUAUUGAGAAGAUGAUGGGACACAAACCAAACUGGUACUGGGUGACCACCUGGGUUUUCAUAAGCCCUAUUUUAAUCAUAAGCCUGGUGAUUUUUUACAUUGUUGACUACAGCAUGACAGGAACACUAACGUACACUGCGUGGAAUGCAGCUGAGGGGCGAUCAGUGAAGUUGGAAUAUCCACCUUAUGCCUUGGCGGUUAUUGGACUCCUGGUGGCUGUUUCCACAGCUUGUAUUCCUUUGGCGGCGAUAGUAACGUUCAUCAAGAAGAAGUUCAAAAGAGAGAAAUAUUAGGGUUAAAAUGCUAACUUGGGUAUUUCAAAAAAAAACAAACUUUAGAAGCAUUCCUUCUAGGCUCCUU